UCCACUCUAGGGCUGCUACCCGUCGGAUCCCCAAUUUCUCAGGACCGGCCCUGAGGAAGGGAAUGAGUGGGAUAUCAAGUCUGUCACAGCUAUGGCAACAUCCUUCAUCCACACGCUUACUCAGGAGCUGCAGUUUCCCCAAAAGUCAGUACACAGUGAUUGGAAGAGUUAUGCAUCCCAUGUCAUGCUUGUGCAAGCAGGUGCAAACCACUGCUUAUGAAGUUGUAAAUGGAAGCUACAUCCCGAAUCAUGAUUCUAAACUGGAUGAAAGAGUAAAAUCAACUACCCCAUUAGAAAACACGGGUGCCUUUAAAAAGUUACCCAUGGUAAUGCCAUCAGUGGAUAUAUUAUAUUCGGCACUGAGGAAAGCAAAGAGGGUCUCACCUACAAAAGUUUGAAAAAUCAUCAUCAUCAUCAUUACCCGAGUGGCGCAAAGGCUCCCACCUACGGUGAGGCAUUGCUAAUAUUGCAAAGCGAGAGAGAAAUCGAGGUGCAAAACAACUUGAUGCGCUGUUGAAGGAGCUAGCUCUUCCAUUGAAGACAUACAAGGAGACUUUCCCAAUAAAACAGUGUUUGCAUCCUUAUGAAAGAUCUUUGAUUGAGUUGACACUAGGAGAUGGAAACUAUGAAGCGGCUUUGAGAAAGAUUGAUGCAUUGAGGAAGAAGGUUGUGUCAGUUGGAAAAGAACAUGCCUCUCUCUGUGCCAAGUCAUCGACAAAGCGUGAAGCGGAGGAGCGAUUGAGUGAGGGAAUGAAAAACCUUGAAGACAUUUUUCAAAGUGAAGGAAAAGCUGUUGAUGAGCUGAUGGACAUUGCCAAGACAUUGAGAGCAAUGCCAGUUAUUGAUUUGGAAACUCCAACCCUUUGUCUUGUGGGCGCUCCUAAUGUUGGUAAAUCGUCGUUGGUUCGUGUACUUUCAACCGGGAAACCAGAGAUCUGCAAUUAUCCGUUUACAACUCGAGGAAUUUUAAUGGGGCAUAUUACUUUGAGCUACCAGAAUUUUCAGGUUACUGAUACCCCUGGUAUCUUGAGGCGGCGUGAUGAGGACAGGAAUAAUUUGGAGAAGUUGACGAUUGCUGUUCUGAGUCACUUGCCGACAGCUGUACUUUAUGUCCACGAUUUAUCCGGAGAGUGUGGAACAUCACCUUCCGAUCAGUUUGCGAUUUAUAAGGAAAUAAGGGGCAGGUUUAGUAAUCACAUCUGGCUUGAUGUUGUCUCUAAAUGUGACCUGCUGCAAGAAUCUUCUGUCAUCUUUGUAACAGAAGAUAGCAAAACAGACCAUCCCGAGCUUGUAAAGUACAGGAAAAUGGGACCUGACGGGGCGUUACACGUGUCCGUGAAGAGCGAAAUCGGGCUUAAUGACUUGAAGAGCAGAGUCCAUCAGCUACUUGUAUCUCAAUCAGAAAGGAUUGAAACCCCAAAGGGUACCAAGGAAAAUUUUGUAGCUCUAUAGACCUUCCAAUAAAAUGCUAUCAAUAUGGAUGAGGUUAAGUUUGUGAGCUUGGUUGGUACUCCACUUUUUUGGCUCAUACACCCAAUCUUUCACUCAAGGCUAGCUUAUUUGACUCCAGUAGUAUAAAAUGUUUUGCAAAAUCUGUUAUUGUUAUGUAUAUGCAUUUUGUUGAAAUACAAUCUUUUAAAUAUUAGUUCCUUU